GUUCCAGAAACAGUCUGCAUGCCUUGCUGCUUGGUUUUUAUACACCUGUGGCCAUGGAGGUGAUCAGAACACUGAUUUCAGUUAUUUGGACGGUGAGUAAAUUCUUUCAGCAGAACAGUGUAGAAUGGAGCCUGGUCAUGGAGGACUUCAUCCUGGAGUUAACGGGGAGCCGAUGAGAGAAGCUAAAACUGGAGAAAUAUGAGCUCCUGCUAGUUUUCAUCAGAAGCUGCUGCAUGAUUGUGGAUCAGCUGGAGACUUUCAGGCCAUAUCUGGACAGGACUAGUUUUUCUGCAUCACUCUGAGACAGGAUGUCCCUGAUUCUAGCAAUAUUACGUAGCUGGAAGAAGGAAAGCCGAAGGACAGAUCCUGGUCCAGAAUAACUCCAAGGUUCCUUCCUGUAGCACUAGAGCCAAAUUAAUACAAAUCAAUUCCAACCAGAUUAAUUACAGAACUCGACUAGACAAAGACGACAACCUCAGCCUGAGUGUAGGGGAAAAUCCAGGUCUUUGUCUUUAAGACUAAUCAGGACAGCCUGCAUCUUCAGAGGAAGUUUCAUCACCAGUUUCUGUGGUCGGUCAUGUGACCACAUCAGUCAUGUGACCAGGUCUCUCGUGUCCCUGAUGACCCUGGUUUGGAGCACCGGUCAGGAGUUACAGAAACCACUAGAACUCCUGAUGAAACGGGUUCAGAUCCAGGUCCAAGCUGGAUUCUGUUCAGGUGGACUCAGGGGGUCCUGCACCAACCUAACCUGCUGAGAGUGUCUUCACAGGGGCUCUGGUCCAGAACUGAGACCAGAUCAGAUGCUGAUGAUGUCACUGCGAGGUGAUGCUGAGAAAUGUUUCCCAUGAUCCAUUGCUGCCCUGCAGUGACUCACAGGGGCUAAAAUAAGAACUGAAAAAGGACAGAGACAUGAAGUGGACUGAAGCAGCAAGCUGGACGUUCAGGUCCACAUCAGAUGCCUCAGACCUCCGCCAGACUCCUGGUCUUCAUAUGUCUUCAGCCUGUGGUCGGACCUCAGGUCAGCCUUCUGGACAGUGUUUACGUCUUACUUCCUGUCUCUGGGACGGGGGGGGGGCGUGUCCUUGUCGCUGUUGCUAAAAGUGACUUCAGACCAAGUCCAAACUGGACCGACGGACUUCACGAUGUGUGUAUCCAGGUGUCUGCGGUGUGUGGGCGUGUCUUUGGUUCCCAUGGCGAUCGUCUGCAUGUUAUCCAAUGUCCUGCUGCUGCUUCCUGAAAUGAAGAUCCACUUUUUGUGGGAUGGUCAUGUGACCAGAGAGGCCACCUGGGCCACCGGCCUAUGGGCUUCCGGUUUACUGGUUUUACUGGGAGCUCGAGGGUUCAUCCAGAGUAGCUGGACCACCGGCUGCUGGGCGUUCAGGAGUCAGAUGCUGUCCCAGGUCCUGUACUCCUGUCUGGGUGUCCUGGCUGCCGGUAGCUGCUGUCUGGUCAGCGCCACCGGUCUGUCUCAGGGUCCGCUCUGUCUCUACAACUCGUCUUCCGGUCCAACAUGGGGGGUUCCCCUGCAGCCCCUCCCAGAUCGACAGCCCGGGUACCUGUACAACUGGACUCUGUGGUCCGGGGUCUGUCUGGAGCCCAGGUCUGUGGUUCAGUGGAACGUGGUUCUGUUUAGUGUGAUGGGGAUCGCCAGCGCCCUGCAAGCGGUCCUCUGUGGGGCCAACGCCCUGAACUCCCUGCUGGGUCUGAUCCUGGGUCGGGGCUUCUGCCACAACAAGGUCGGUCCAGUUUUAGUUUGAGGUGGAUCUGGUGUGCGGGGGACCCAGUCUAUGGGGGAUCCUCUACGGAAACCAUCUGAACCAAAAUGAAAUGUGUUUAGUUUCUGGUUUAAAAGCACUGAAGCACUUUAGAUGAUCAGUAAGAUGAAAACUGACUUCAUUUCAGUUUACACGAUAAUGAUGAUGAUGAUGAUGAUGUAAUAAAGUUGGU